CCGCCUGCAGCAUGAUGUCCUACCUCAAACAGCCCCCCUACGGCGUCAACGGCCUGGGGCUCAGCGGCGCGGCCAUGGACCUGCUGCACCCCUCCGUGGGCUACCCAUCUACUCCCAGGAAGCAGCGCCGGGAGAGGACGACCUUCACCAGGUCUCAGCUCGACAUCCUGGAGUCUCUGUUCGGCAAAACCCGGUACCCAGACAUCUUCAUGAGGGAGGAGGUGGCUCUGAAGAUCAACCUGCCGGAGUCCAGAGUCCAGGUGUGGUUCAAGAACCGGAGGGCCAAGUGCCGCCAGCAGCAGCAGAGCGGCAGCAGCGCCAAAGCCCGGCCGCCCAAGAAGAAGUCGUCCCCGGCCCGGGAGAGCACGGGCUCCGAGAGCAGCGGUCAGUUCACGCCUCCCGCCGUCUCCAGCACGGGCUCUUCUUCAUCCUCGUCCUCCUCCGCCAACCACGGGGCCCUGCGGGCGGCGGCGGCCCUCAGCAGCAGCUCUACCUCCAUCAGCACCGUCUCCUCCAUCUGGAGCCCAGCCAUCUCCCCCGGUAACGCCCCUGCUCCCGCCGCGGCCCCUCUCCCCGAGCCGGGACCCCCGUCCAACGCCUCCUGUAUGCAGCGUUCAAUGUCGGGCUCCGCCGCCGCCGCCACCUCCUACCCGAUGACCUACAACCAGACGGCGGGCUACGGCCAGGGCUACCCGGCCCCGUCCAGCUCCUACUUCAGCGGCGUGGACUGCAGCUCCUACUUGGCCCCCAUGCACUCCCACCACCACCCCCACCAGCUCAGCCCCAUGACGGCCUCCUCCAUGUCGGGCCACCCGCACCACCACAUCAGCCAGUCGUCAGGCCACCACCACCACCACCACCACCACCAGGCCUACGGCGGCUCCGGCCUGGCCUUCAACUCCUCCGACUGCCUGGAUUACAAAGAGCAGACUGCAGCCUCCUCGUGGAAGCUCAACUUUAACACCACGGACUGCUUGGACUACAAAGACCAGGCCUCCUGGAGGUUCCAAGUCUUGUGAUCAAGCUUUUUUCUUCUUCUUCCCCUCCCUGCUUCGCCAGCUCCCUCUUCUUCUUUUUCAUUUCCCAGAUUAGCAUAUUGCAUUUUUAAAAGACAAAAAAGAGUUUAUGAACCAUAUAGCAGCAGGAACGGACUGUUUUGUUUUUUCCUCCCUCUCGUCCUCCACGUCUUUUAAAAAAAUAUUUAAAAACAAGAAGAGAAACAGUCCUGAAGAGAGAAAACAUCAGUUCACAGACGAAGAAGAAGAAGAAGAAGAAGAAGAAGAAGAAGAAUGGGUUUUUAAAGACGCUCAUUGGAUGAUCUAAAGAAAAGCAAACUGUUUUUCAAAACUACAAGAGAAAAAAGUGAUUUCAACCAAACUCCUUUGACCACCAGGAAUAUUUACCCCGACAGGAACUGCCCCCUCUUUACCUCUUCACCCCCCAA